AUGGUUGCAGGACACUUGUAUUACUUCUUGACAGUUCUUCAUCCUCUUGCUGGUGGAAAGCUCAAGUUCAACACUCCUCUCUUAGUUCACAAAAUAGUGGCCUAUUGGGGAGAAGGUACUCAAAUGAAUGCACCAGUGCAAUCUAAUCCUUCUGCUGGAAUUGUGUUUAGAGGAAGAAGCAAUCGUCUUGGUGGAACUCAAACAACAACAGGAAGUACUUCUCAUGAAACAAGUGGCGAUGCUGCUGCUGCUGCUUCUUCCCCUCAGCAGCAGAAUCAGGGUGAUGGAGUUGCUUUUCGUGGAAAAAGCUAUCGCUUAAAUGGAUGA